GUGCAACCACCGCCUAUGUAAAUGGUCAGACCAUGGUUGUUACCUUGCAGCUUCUAGCGUGUUGCCGUGCCGCCGAAGAUACUACACAUACACAUGACCUACUCCAAGCACGGCCUAAUGAGUGUCGCCAUGCUGUUUCCACUCCUCACAUCACCAGCCCUUUUCGUCCUUGUUGGCCCAGCUCUUCUAGUGAUCUGGUUGAUCGUCCGGCAUGUCCAAGAAUAUGCCCGACUGAGACACAUUCCGGGCCCGUUUUGGGCCGGCUGGACCGACAUCUGGCUGAUCCGCGCGCAACUGAGUGGCCGAAUGAACUUUAUCCUUCAUGAUGCCAUCGGAAAGUAUGGUCCCAUUGCACGAGUCGGGCCUAAAUGGGUCGUGUGCGGCGACGGUGCAGAGCUCCGGCGGAUGUGGGCAGUCCGCUCGGCCUGGCAACGCGCCUUCUGGUACCGGGGGCUUCGAGUUGAACCAUACAGAGACAACGCCUUUUCGACGCUGGAUGACCACGUCCACGAGACGCUGAGAGCGAAGCUCAUGCCCGGGUACAGCGGGAAGGACGUCGACAACCUCCACCAACUCAUCGACGAGCAGGUCGCCGGUCUCGUGUCCCUCCUGGAGACCAAGUAUCUGUCGACCAAGGCAGACUUCAAACCCGUCGACAUGGCACGCAAAGUCCAGUAUUUUACUCUGGACGUCAUCUCGUCGCUGGCGUUCGGCAAGGCGUUCGGGUACCUCAAAGCCGACGCGGAUCUCUUCAGCUACAUCCAGACCACUGAGACGACCCUUCCCGUCCUCCUCGCCACCGCGCUCAUGCCCUGGUUCCUGCGCAUCCUACAGUCCCCGCGACUCAAGUGGCUCCUCCCCAACGCCCGGGAGAUGGUCGGCAUCGGCAGUGUCAUGGGUCUCGCCCAAGACGUCGUAGCCGAACGGUACGGCGAGAAGCCGGUGGUCAAGCGUGACAUGCUCGGCUCGUUCGUCGCGCACGGCCUGAGCAGGGAGGAAGCCGAGGGCGAGACUGUGGUCCAAAUCCUUGCUGGCAGUGAUACCAGCGCGACAGCGAUUCGAUCGACCCUGCUGUUCAUCAUGACCAACCCGCUCGUCUACACGCGCCUGCAGGCCGAGAUCGACGACGGAAUCAGGGCAGGCCGCAUCUCUUCGCCCAUCACCGACGCCGAGGCCCGCAACCUCCCCUAUCUCCAGGCCGUCAUCCGCGAGGGCCUGCGGAUGUGGCCGCCGGCGACGGCCGUGCUACCCAAAGUCUCGGACAAGGACCAGGUUGUGUGCGGCGUACACAUCCCCGCGGGAACCAAUGUUGCGUGGGCGCCCUGGAGCAUCAUGAGAAACAAAGAGACUUUCGGCGAGGACGCCGAAAUCUUCCGGCCUGAGCGCUGGCUUGAUAUCCCACCGGCCAAGUACCGGCUGAUGGACCAGACCGUCAUGAUGGAGUUUGCCUCGGGCAGUCGGUGGGAGUGCCUGGGAAAGACCGUGGCCCAGAUCGAGCUGAACAAGACCUACGUCGAGCUACUUCGCCGGUUCGACUUCACCUUGGUCGAUCCGACGAACCCGUGGAAGUCGUUCAACGCGGCUGUCUUCAUCCAGAGCGAUAUGAAUGUCAUGGUUACACGGCGGCAGCUUUGAUGGAUCUGAAAACGAAGUACAGUUUGAGAAGCACAUGGGACUUUCAUCAUCACUCAUAGUAAUCAUGGGGCGCCACUACGUCGAAGCGAGACGUUUGGUGCUACAUGCCUAAGGUACUUAAGCUACGAGGGCAGAUUCUAUUCGAGAAACUACCUUCCGUACAAGUACCUGCAAGGAGCCAAUUCCAAUCUGAGCUGUGAAGAACUUCCUUCGU